AUACCUUCACUUGAGAGAUGGAGUCAAAACUCAGUGUAAAAUGUAUAAUGGUGAAGUUAAUGAAAUUUUUAAUUUAACUUUCUGUGAAACAAUUUGGUGAUGAAGUCAGUCAUUUGUUUAUUAUAUUAUGACAAAAACAAUUAUGAUACAAAUAAUAAUUGGAAACAUUAUGUUAAAUAGAUUACUAGCAAGGAUGUAAAUUAUUUGAAAUUGCUGAAUGAUGAUAAGCUAAUUGUUUAUCUUGAUGGUUCAAUCCUAAGGAUGAUUUUCCAAAAGCCUAUAUUAAAUUUACAACAACAAUAUGGUGUUCAAUUUACGUCUAAUUAUAUCUCUUGUUUAACCCCUCAGUUACUCACGCUGUUAGAAAAAAUCUAACAAAUCUGGAUUUAUUUAAAUAUCAUUGUCAUCUUUCAACAAACAGAUUACACUCCAACUGUGCCUUCCUGCACGAUUCAACUCUACAUCUGUUCAAGGUUCUUAUCAGUUCUGAAAAGGGAAACAAUAUGAGAAGGCACUGAUUAAUGCAGCUCAUCCUGUUAGAUAUUUUCUCACACGUAGGCAACCGCUUUAUAUUUUGAUACGAUUAUCACGUCCACUCUUCUGACAGUUAUUCACUCUCUUUUGUGUCUCUAAUACUUUUGUGAAGAUCAAAAAAGCUUAGUAUCUCAUCUUGCUCGUGUUUUUAUACCUUAAAUCAAAGGUAAGAUUCAUAGAUUUAAAACGAAUAUUGUCCGACAUCCCUUUGCUGUAAUUUCUGUUACUUAGUUUUGUUUUCUUUUUAGAGUUAAAAGUUAUUUUGGGAAGCAACAAAGAAAAAAGAAGAUGUGCUCCUUGUUCAAAGAGGCAAACCAGGUUCACACAGGAUUUUAUUUAUUUGCUCCAAAUUCCUCUGAAAAGAACACAGAAGAAAUACUUUUUGUUUGCAAUGAAUGUAGAUCUGAGGAAGCUGAUUUUAGUUCAUAAAUGUCCCUGUAUAUUUCAAUGUGGUGAAGUGUUUAUUGCAUUAUAUGUAUUCUAUGAUUUGCCUUUCUUAAAUAAAUUUGCUUUGUAUAAUAUUUCACUUCAUGACAGAUUUUUAUUUGAGUUUUUAUUAUAAACAAAAAUUAUGUACCUGCAUGUUAUCUUUAUGCAUUAUUGCAUCUACACAAGUUGAAGAACUCAAUAACAAAUAUUUCUGAAUAUUAAAGCACAAAUUUGAUUCGUAAUAAUACAAUAAAUACAACAUAAACAGUUGUUAGAUAAAAUCUAACAUGCAAGUAAUUGCGUUACAAAAAUAUUCACCAGUAAUGACAGGUUAAUGUACUGAGUCUUUCAUGGUGAGUCAAUGAAAAUUGGAAUAAAAGAGAAACAUUCAUCUGUUAUGUAACUGUUUUAAAUGAGAAAUCUCUUGACACUUAAUUACAGUUUUAAAAUUGAAAUUUUAAUUCCUUGUUAGUUCUUUGAUUACUAUUUGAUUAUUUGCCAUAUAAAUUUGUGAAAAGAGUUUGAACGUGAUUGAAAGAGUCAGCAUAAUAUUGUAAUAACCCUCAUUUUUCAGCUCAUGUUUUAAGCGAGACGAUAAUGAAAGUUUGUGUAUACAUAUCUAUAUACCAUGUGUUGUAGUUCCAUGAAUGUGUUUAAACUGUUUGGAUCAAUUGUUGCUGUUUGCUUCUUGUUGGGGGAGGGAGGAACUAAGAUCUUUAUCUUUGAUUUGUGAAAUGAGGAUUACCAUAAAGUAGCCAUCAUCCUUUUAAUAUUUGAUGGCAAAACAAUUGAAAUAAUGUAUUGGUAACACACAAUUUAUUGAAAUUCAUAUUUUUUUUAAAAUUUUUAAUAAAGAACUUUUUACAUAAUUAUUGAAAAUUAUAUUCAAACAAAAUUAAGUAUUUAAAGGGAAUCAUACUGAUUUUACUGUUAUCUUUAC